AUGUCCAAGCCUUUACCACUAGGCUGGAAGGUCUUUGAUGGAUUUCUUUUCUUCUUCCUUCUAUCACUGAUUCCAUUCUCAUCUUCAAAUGGAAUUCAAGAUGCCUUCCAUGGCUGCAUUUCUUCCAUUCUAGCCCCCCAUACUUUCUUCACGCCAAAUGACACCGCAUUCAUACCCCUUCUCCAUUCCCGAGCCAUUAAUCUCCGAUUCACGACACCGUCAACUCCAAAACCCGAUCUCAUCUUCACCCCGUUGAACGAAACCCACAUCCAAACCGCGGUGAUUUGCGCCAAGAAGCUCGGGAUUCAUCUUCGGUUCAGAAGCGGAGGCCAUGAUUACGAAGGGAUCUCGUACACAUCCGUUAUGGAUCCUCCCUUCGUCGUUAUCGAUCUAUCAAAAAUGCGUGCGGUUAACGUUGACGUUGCCGGGAACUCCGUUUGGGCGGAGGUCGGUGCGACAAUCGGUGAAGUUUACUAUUGGGUGGCGGAGAAGAGUAAGACUCUCGGGGUUCCGGCGGGGAUUUGUACGAGUCUGGGCGUUGGCGGGCUCGUUACGGGAGGUGGGUACGGGGCCAUGAUGAGGAAAUACGGGAUUGCGGCCGAUAACGCUUUAGAUGCGAAAAUCAUCAACGCCAAUGGCGAAAUUCUCGAUAGGAAGUCAAUGGGGGAAGACGUCUUCUGGGCAAUACGAGGUGGUGGUGGCGGCAGUUUUGGAGCCAUUGUUUCGUGGAAACUGAAGCUCGUCCCGGUUCCCGCCACCGUCACCGUGUUCGACGUUACACGAACAUUAGAACAAAAUGCCACAAAGACUCUUUACAAAUGGCAACAAGUCGGUAACGAAAUCGAUCAAGAUCUUUUCGCCCGAGUCAUCAUCAAAGCCACCGAUGGUACGACUAAUAGAACCAUAACUACAACGUACAACGCGUUGUUCCUCGGUGGCGCUAACCAGCUUUUGGAAAUCACGAACCGCAAGUUCCCGGAGCUGGGACUAGCGAAAGUGGAUUGUAUCGAAAUGAGUUGGAUUGAGUCGGUUUUGUUCAUCGCUGGCUACCCAAGAAACACUCCACCCUCCGUCCUCCUCACUGGAAAGCCAACUUUCUUGAAUUCCUUCAAAGCGAAAUCGGAUUUCGUGAAGACCCCAAUCUCAGAAACAGGAUUAGAAGGGAUUUGGAAGAUAUUGUUCGAAAAAGAGAGCCCUUUCAUGAUUUGGAAUCCAUACGGCGGAAAGAUGAGCGAGAUACCGGAAUCAUCGAUUCCAUUCCCGCAUAGAAAAGGCAUACUUUUCAAGAUUCAAUAUGUGACGACAUGGACCGACUCUGGAUCGGAAACGGAAAGUGAUCAUGUGGGUGUGAUUCAGAAGCUGUAUAAAUACAUGGGUCAGUAUGUAUCGAUGAAUCCAAGAGAAGCUUAUGUGAAUUACAGAGAUCUUGACCUCGGAAUGAACGAUAAAAAUGGCAGAAAUACGAGUUUCGAGAAGGCGAGUUUAUGGGGAAGAAGGUAUUUCAAAGAUAACUUCAAGAGAUUAGUGACGAUUAAGACUGAGUUCGAUCCUAAUAAUUUCUUCAGCCAUGAACAAAGCAUUCCGAUUCUUGGUUAG